GUUAUUUGUAAAUAGAAAUGUAUUUAUCUUAAUCAGCUGUUUCUGGGUGGAGGUGCGUUCAUUUUUUUUUGUUCUGUUAUCAUCAUGCAGGUAAAUGCAUUUACCGGAUUACGAGAUCAGUAUAUAGCUAGUCGCAGUUGAGCUAAUCAUAUAAAAUCAAUCGAACAAGUGCACCUAGGAUCCAGUUAUAUAGUUGUGAAUGAUCCAGUUGCUUCGAGUUUAUAUUGGAAACAAUCGAAAAGUUGGCUUUCGUACGCGAUCUGGUGUUUGUGCUCGACGUGUGCUGCAUAAUAAAAAAGCAUACAGAGUAAACUAUGAGACAGCUCAUCAUUGGAUUCCGUCGCGCAGCAACGACAGGGGCGGCGGGUGUAUUUGUGCUACCCUGCCAGCAGCAGGCAAGACUUGUUUCGCGCACGAUUGCUAGCAGUGCAGCGGCAUACUUAAAGUCGUCAACAACCUGUUCCUUCGCUCAGACACCAGCAUUAGCGCAGGGUUUAAAAAUGUUGGACACACGGAAAACCUUCACGGAAGAUUUCUUCUUCAGACAGCUGUUUGAUGAACAAUCGCAUACCUACUCGUACCUGCUGGCAGAUAUUACGAGCAAAGAGGCCAUUCUGAUCGAUCCCGUUCUGGAGCAAGCGAAGCGAGAUGCUCAGUUGAUCAAGGAGCUUGGUUUUACGCUGAAGUAUGCAUUGAAUACUCAUAUGCACGCGGAUCAUAUAACUGGUACAGGAUACCUGAAGCAACUGGUACCCGGAACGGUAAGCGUAAUAUCGCAAAACAGUGGCGCAAAGGCGGAUAAACAUCUGGUGGAUAAUGAAACGGUCAAGUUCGGACGGCACGUACUGAAGGCUAUGUCUACACCCGGCCACACAAACGGUUGCAUGACGUUCGUGGUAGAGGAACAGGGUAUUGCCUUUACCGGAGAUACGCUGCUCAUACGCGGUUGCGGACGUACGGAUUUCCAGGAGGGUGAUUCACGAACCUUGUACCGUUCGGUGCACGAGCGCAUCUUUACAUUGCCGGAAAAUUUCCGUCUCUUCCCAGCACACGAUUACAAAGGUAACAUGGAAACCACAGUAGCGGAGGAAAGGCGUUACAAUCCACGGCUUACUAAGGAUGUGGAAGCGUUUGUGGAAUUGAUGAACAACCUAAACCUGCCUUAUCCCAAGAUGAUUGAUAAAGCAGUCCCGGCCAAUCGUGAGUGUGGUCUGUACGACAUACCGAAGGAGGCUUGAGAUAAACAGCGAUAAAUGUGUUGGCGCGUUGUUUGAUAUCAAACCUCCAAAACGCAUACAGUAUCAUUACUUUUGAUAGAACAUGGCUCAGGGAAUUAACCCAGUUUUUCCAUGCAAAGUGUCCUUUUUACUUUUUCAUUUCUUUACGUAGAUAUUUAGGGGCAAUACUUGGGAAGCAAAUUGAUUUACUUACUCAAAAUAUACAAACACACGACAACGUACGAUAUUAAUGUUGAUUAUUGAAAGGAUAAUACGAGCAAACAUCGAAAAUAAAUGAUUUUUUUUCAUUA